UUCGUAGGCGCUCCGUCAGCUCCGGCAAGUUAUUGUGAAACAUGGCCCUCUCAACUUCAUGCGUUGCAGGAAGGCUACGCCGUUGCUUUUCGGGGAUUUUCCCAAGGAUUUGCAGCGUUCCAGCAUUGAAUUCAUCAAGGCAACCAUUUAGAAACCAAGGGCACUAUGUCUCAGUUGAUGAUAUUGUAUCAGGACUUACAGAGGAACAACAACAGCUCCGAGAGACUGUAUUCAAGUUUGCCCAGCAGGAGCUGGCACCCUAUGCAGCUGAAAUCGAUGCCAAAAAUACAUUUGAUAACCUGAGGGAAUUCUUCCAGAAGAUGGGCAGUAUGGGUUUCCUUGGUAUAACUGCACCAGAAAAAUAUGGGGGUUUGGCAGGAGGUUAUUUAGAUCAUGUGAUCAUAAUGGAGGAGCUAUCAAGAGCAUCUGGAGGUAUCGGUCUCAGCUAUGGAGCUCAUUCCAACCUCUGUGUGAAUCAGAUUGUGAGGAAUGGAAAUGAGAAGCAGAAGGACAAAUAUUUACCCAAGCUCAUCAGCGGUGAGUACAUCGGAGCUCUAGCUAUGAGUGAACCAAACAGUGGAUCAGAUGUUGUUUCUAUGAAGCUCAAAGCAGAACGAAAAGAUGAUCACUAUGUUUUGAAUGGCAACAAGUUCUGGAUCACCAACGGGCCUGAUGCUGAUGUUCUUGUCGUCUACGCCAAAACAGACCUUGGUGCGCAACCAAGUCAUGGCAUCACAACGUUCCUCAUUGAAAAGGGCAUGGAUGGCUUCAGCACAGCACAGAAACUUGACAAGCUUGGCAUGAGAGGAUCAAACACAUGUGAACUGGUAUUUGAAGAUUGCAAAGUGCCAGUUGAGAAUGUGAUGGGAUCGUUAAAUAAAGGAGUCUACGUCUUGAUGAGUGGCCUCGAUCUAGAAAGAUUAGUAUUGGCUGCUGGACCAAUAGGUUUAAUGCAAGCAGCUUGCGAUGCAGCAUUCCCCUACCUUCACCAAAGAAAACAGUUUGGUCGGCCUAUAGGAGAGUUUCAGUUAAUGCAAGGAAAGAUGGCUGACAUGUUCACAAGGGUAAACUCGAUCAGGUCAUACGUCUACAACGUUGCUCGUGCUGCGGACAACGGUCAUGUCAGUGCCAGAGAUUGCGCGGCUGUGAUUCUUGUUGCCGCAGAGACGGCAACACAGGUCUGCUUGGAUGCCAUUCAAUGCUUAGGUGGUAACGGGUACAUCAACGACUAUCCUACGGGUCGGCUGCUCCGGGAUGCCAAGCUGUAUGAGAUAGGAGCGGGAACCAGCGAAGUUAGAAGACUCAUCAUCGGGAGAUCAUUCAAUGAAGAAUUCAAAUCUCUUCUCUGAAAGGAUAAUGUGCUCCUGUUUUGUUGAGAUAUGUCAUCUUCAUGCUGCAUUCAAUUUCCCAGAGGUCUUAAGUAAUCUAGCAUUUAAAAAAAAAUUAAUACUAGACAAUGAUUUCAUAAGAUAGCCUUUGAAAACACGGUUGCUCAUCUCCAUAUCGUGGUAGAUCUAGGUCUUGCUAAUUUACCUAAACCUAACUCUGUGAAAACAUGAAAUCUAUGCUGAAAAGGACCACACUGAAGAUUACCAACACAGAUGAGUAUAUGUGGGGCAGUGUAUUAUUACUGCUUGGAAAAAGACCUAACACCUGGCUUGAAUGUCAUGCUGGUUUUGUCAAUUUCUCAACAAUUACACAAUAUGAGGUAUUGAUGGGGAUUUAUUCACAAUUUCAUUGUAAGCUUAAGUUGACUUACACAUACGGGGGGAACAUUAUUACUUAAGUAUCAUGUUUCAGAGCUUUUUAGUAAUUAUUUAU